AUGGCGAUCGACAACUCGAAGCUAACGCCGAGCACGUUAUGUGUGGCGUGCCAGUCCAUUUUCCAGCCAGAUACCGUCCGAAGUGAUUCGGGGGAGACGCCGCAUCAUGGUCUAGAGGCUCUCGCCGCGCGUGCGAGUAAAUGCCAUCUAUGCUUGACUGUGUUCAUGUCCAUCGACCCGGAGUCAUACAGGAUUUUCCGCCGGGACUCAUCGGUCGAAUCUAUCGGAUUCGCAUGGAUUUCGCCCAUCGCACGUGAUCAGGCGCGCCUGAAGUUUCGAUAUGUGAAAAUGGCGGCGGAUGCGGACCGGGCGACACCGACCUCGACUUCAACCAGUUCCAAGACGAGUCUGGCGGGGGCGGUUGGCUCGGAGAAUGUGCUGGUCGUGGAACUUAUUCUGAUGAAUCCGAAAUAUGCUGUCGAGCCUGGGGUCAGGACAAUUGAUCCAAAGUCUGUAAGUACUGGGUCGGCAGAGAGCUUUGAUCUGGCGAAGCAGUGGAUCGAGGAAUGCACAUUCAACCAUAUGAAGUGCACCGUUUCAGAAAGCAAUGCGACAUGGAAGCCCACGCACUUGCUAGAUGUGAGUGUUCGAGGACCAAAAGGAGCACCAGGUGUCAAGCUGGUGGACGGAAUGUUCAUUGACCCGCUCUCCGAGUACGUGACUCUCAGCCACUGCUGGGGCAAGUCGAAGCCGAUACGCCUGCACAAGGGUACGCUAGCGGCACUCCGCCAGGGAGUUAGCACGUCAAGCUUACCCAAGACCUUCGCCGAGGCUGCAAUGGCAGUGGAAAAACUGGGGUAUCGGUACCUGUGGAUUGACGCGCUGUGCAUCAUGCACGACAAUGAGCAGGCGGUGCUGAAAGAAAUCAGCCAGAUGCACCGCGUGUACUCGGAAGCAACGCUCAACAUUUCCGCGACUUCGUCCCGGGACGACGCUUCUGGGCUGAUAUAUUCAAGGAAUGUGUCCGCGAUGCACCCUUGCAUCGUCGAGGUUGCUGGGAUGGGCAUUGACGAUGGCAUGUACAAGAUCCUCCGGUCGACGCUGUGGCACGACCUGGUAGAUUCGAGCCCGUUAAGUAAACGCGCAUGGGCGUUCCAAGAGCGGUGUCUGGCGAAGCGCACGCUGCAUUUCACACGCAACGAGCUGUUGUGGGAGUGUCAGCAGAUGUGCUGCUCGGAGGUGUUUCCCAAGGGAUUACCGGCGACGAUCGGCCCGCCUUCGAGUCAGGAGUCGGUUGAAUUUUUCUCGAAGCGUACACACCACCAACGCCACGGGAACUGGCACCAGCUCGUCAAAAUGUACAGUCCCAAACGGCUGACAUAUAGCUCGGAUAAGCUUCUUGCUAUUGGCGGGCUGGCGAGGCAGUACAUGGCGCGCAACAGAUUGAGGGAGGAGGAGUACUUGGCUGGCCUGUGGAAGCCGCAACUGCCGCACGCGCUAUUGUGGCGGGUCGAGCAGGGCCGGCGCCCUCCGAAGUACAGAGCUCCAACAUGGACGUGGGCUAGUAUUGACGGGGAAGUCAAGUACCCUGAGCCCGCGCAGUCGACACGCGAGACAUGCGUAGAAGUAUUGAAUCUGGACAUGCGGUAUAAGUCCGACCGUUUCGGCAUGGUUGAAGCCGGCAAAAUGAAAGUGCGAGGGUUCAUGGCGAGAGGCUUACUGAGAAGGACGAACGAUUAUUGGGGCAGGACGCCCUGCGUGAUCCAGUGCACAAAGGCCCAGGUCGAGCUUGUGUCGGCGAGCUUUGACGAUCGAUUGGCCAAGUUGUCUGGAGAGGGCAUGUUGACGGAGAUGCUCGAGGUGUAUAUGCUCCCUGUGAUUGAUGUGAUCGAUCGUGUUGAGGGGUUAUUGCUGUGCGCUACCAUGAAAAGGGGAGAAUUUCGCCGGAUUGGUGCCUUUGAUGUCUCGAGGUAUGACCAGAUCAAUUGGGAUCGAUUUCGGAGUGUGAUGAAGGGCGAGGCCGAUAUGCUGAACUAUGAGGACCGGCUGGAUCAUACUAAUGGGUACUGGUUUGCGAGCGACUAUACUUAUACCAUCAACAUUGUCUGA